GCAGUUAGUUUCCGGAACCAAACAGCAGCUAAGAUAUCCGCGGAACCAAACAAGGGUCUUCUUCUCUCACCUUUUUUCUACUUCUUUCCGCGUCCACAGUCGCAGCACAAGAAACUCUUCGAUUACAGAAAGCUCCAGCUGCUCCCAAUGCCUCUCAAGACUGAACAUGGAGUAUCCGACAGCUCCCUCGGUGACAACUCCAAGACGGCCCAUCCUUCUAAAGUCGUCGUUCUUGCUGACCUCAACGUUGAUCCUCCAGAAAUGGACGACGACACUUCCCUCCACGUUUCAGCUUCCACUAUCUCUAGGUUAUCUAUGGAUGAAAGCAAUCAAGACAAAACUGUGGCAAGUUGCAAGGAUACCAGUACAGUGGAAGUAGAAGGUAGACGUGUAAGCAAAAUAGCAAAGUGCCGUUCAAGAAAUAAUAAGGUAGAGUACUCUCUUGAUUCUGUAGUUGACGCAGAUGGUGACCAACAUGGUCAAGGUGUUUCAACUUCUCGUGAAGAAAAAGUCAGCAGCCUUAAAACUGGUUUAGUUCAUGUGGCAAGAAAGAUGCCAAAAAAUGCUCACGCUCAUUUCAUUCUUGGUCUAAUGUACCAGAGGUUGGGCCAGCCACAAAAGGCCGUUUUAGCAUAUGAAAAGGCAGAGGAGAUCUUACUCCAAAGUGAUGUUGAGAUUCACCGGCCAGAGUUGCUCUCAUUGGUUCAACUUCAUCAUGCACAGUGUCUCCUUCUAGAAAGUGCAGGGGACAAUAGUUCUGACAAAGAACUUGAACAGGAGGAGCUUGAUGAGGUUUUUUCUAAACUUAAGCAUUCAAUGCAAUCUGAUAUUAGACAGGCAGCUGUGUGGAAUACCCUUGGCUUGAUACUUCUUACUAGUGGUCGAGUAAAGAGUGCCAUUUCAGUGUUGUCAUCCUUGUUGGCCAUUGUUCCUGACCACUAUGAUUGCCUUGGAAAUCUUGGAAUUGCUUAUCUUCAAAGUGGAGACAUGGAACUAUCAGAAAAAUGUUUUCAAGAAUUGAUCCUGAAAGAUCAAAAUCAUCCUGCCGCUCUCAUCAACUACGCUGCUCUUCUCUUGUGCAAGUACGGCUCUACUGUUGUAGGUGCUGGAGCAAAUUCUGGUGAAACUGGUGCUGGUGAAAAGGUCGUAGGUAUCAAUGUUGCGAAGGAGUGUUUACUUGCGGCUCUAAAUGUAGAUCCAAAAGCAGCCCAUGCUUGGGGAAAUCUUGCUAAUGCAUAUUUUGUGACUGGGGAUCACAGAAGUUCUGCCAAGUGCUUGGAGAAGGGAGCAAAACUGGAGCCAAAUUGCAUGUCUAUGAGAUAUGCUGUUGCUAUGUUCCGACUUAAGGAUGCGGAAAGGUCUCAAGAUCGUAAUGAGCAGCUCUCUUGGGCUGGAAAUGAAAUGGCCUCUAUUAUUAGAGAUGGAGAUGGCUCAACAAUCGAUCUUCCUGUAGCAUGGGCAGGACUUUCCAUGGUUCACAAGGCUCAACAUGAAAUUGCUGCAGGAUUCCGUACACAUCACGGUGAACUGAAUGAAGUGGGGGAACAUGCAACCUACAGUUUAAAUCAGGCAAUAGCUGAGGAUCCAGAUGAUGCUGUUCAGUGGCAUCAAUUCGGCCUCCACAACCUUUGUACGCGAGAAUUUAAAACAUCACAAAGAUACCUCAAAGCUGCAAUUGCCCGCUUAAGAAAAUGUAGCUACGCAUGGUCAAACCUAGGUAUCUCAUUGCAGCUCACUGACAACCCGACGCAGGCCGAAGAAGUAUACAAGAAAGCUUUGUCAUUGGUGGGCACAGAACAAGCGCAUACGGUAUUUUGUAACCUUGGAAACCUAUAUCGACAACAAAAGCAGUACGAACGAGCCAAAGCUAUGUUAUCAAAGUCCCUAGAACUGCAACCUGGUUAUGCACCUGCAUUUAACAAUCUAGGAUUGGUUUUUAUUGCUGAGGGCCAAUGGGAGGAGGCUAAAUAUUCUUUUGAGAAAGCCCUUGAGGCCGAUCCAUUACUCGACGCAGCCAAGUCGAACAUGAUUAAAACAGUCGCUGUUUCUCGAUUAUGUAAUGGCUUAUCGUCCUGUCAUGUUAAAGAUUGAUACCUCUGCUAUGUGCUAUCGGCUGCAUCCUCAUAUUUUGAGUUUGGGAUGUAAAGAUUUUAUAAUUUUUCUUGCAAGGAAAGGUAUAGCAGCAUUUACCUCAACGGCGAUGCUUCACGUA